UGCAUUGGAAAGGAAACACAGUAUUCCACAGUCGCCGCUUGUGUCACCAUGCGCAUCCAUCAACCGGCUACAUUCUGAUCAAACGAUUGGAUUUAGGAAGUUAGUUCGAGCUGAACUUAAGAAACUGCUUGAGGCUCAACACAAAAACACCAUGACAAUGUUGGACACAAGUGGAUCAUAUUCAGGAGAUGCACAUCCAAUGUUGCUGGCAUACAAUGAUUCAAACCAAACCAAAGGGAUUGACGAAGACAAAUCAAAAACAUUACAGAGAACUAAGCAUCCAAGUGGGCGUGUCUACAUUACUUCUGGCCGAAGCGUAAAAGCUGUACUUGCCAGGAGAACUACAAUUCCAAGCUUGUCAUCACCGAGUAGUCCAGAGUCACCAAGUGAAGUGAAUAAGAGACCAGAUUUUCCUGUAAAGCCAAGCUCUAAGACAUCUAAACUGUUCUUGACCAGAAGUCAGUCAUCUGAGAAAAAUCGGACUUUUUCAUUUAGUGCUUCAACUUCUCCUUCUGGUAAUCGUAAUCAAAAUGCAGUUCAUUCCCCAGAAGAACUAGAUAAUCAAAGAGAGUUUGUUCUAAAUGAUGAGGUUUUUUCUUGGAUUUCAUCAGAUGAAUCUGAUAAGGAGCCUCAAUAUCAGCGGGAUUCUAUUGGCAGACCGCUUCCUGUUUCAGGUCUCAGAAAUCCAAGCUUUCAAGAUGAUGGUAGUUUUAAUCAAUACAGUGAUAAAAAUGAAGUUUCCUCUCCAUUAAAUAUUGAAGACCUUAAAAACCAAGAGGUGGAAACUCUUCAGGAUGUUGAGCAAGUUGAUAUUCAGCAGAAUGGCAGUGUUGAACAGAAUGAAGUUCAAGGAUGGCCUCUUCUCUCCUUUAUUAAUUCUGAUAGUAUACAUGGAAAAUCAUUUCCAGAGUUUGAAGGUCAUCAGCACCCUAAAAGAAUUCCUACUCAGCCUCGUCAAAUUCCUUCCCAGCCAUUCAGGUUAGGACAGCCUUUGGCUGAUAAACUUCCUCCGGUAGCUCCUCAAUCAGCCUGGCAUCACCAGAAUAUUCACAGUGAUCCUGAUGUAAGUAAUGAAUAUGUGGCUGGACUUCCACUUUUAAAGUUGAAACAAGACUCCAGACAUGCACCAGGACUCCACCCUGUCCAACAGCAGGGCUUGCAAAAUAAACUAAUGUUUAAUGUUGAACCAAGAAAUGACAAAGGUGUUUACAGUAGCAUCUGGAUUCCUCCUCUUUUGCAUCUCGAUCGACCAUCAGGACAUUACCAGGCUCAUGGCAAUGCCAAUGAUUUUCCUCACAAUAGCGAAAAUGUUAAGGAUAUGUCAAGGCCAGUGGAAUCAGACAAACAAAGUGAUUAUGACAGUAUUUGGGUUCCACCCUUACUGCACUUUGACAAACAAACUAAAGACAAUCAUGAAAGUUAUGUAACUAAACAUCUCCAAAACUUCUGGGCAAAAGAUAAGAACAUACACAGUCUGAAGCUAAGACUUAGAGGAAAGCAUCCUCAUGAGGUAGAUCCUGUCCAGCAUAUCGACAACAAGGACGAACCACCAGACAAAGUAUCAAUGCCCCUUCUGAAUGUCCAGCGGAAGUUAGAUUCUGAUGAAAGUCAGACCAGACGACGUAGGAGACAGCACCACAGAGUUUCACCAAAAGAUGAAGACAGUUCCAGUCUGAAGUCAUCCAGCUCAUGUAGAAGUGAUACCAAAAUUCAACCUAAACAAAAUGGGCAAAAACCAAACCGUAGAAAAUUACCAAAGGAACCAACAAAGAGACCUAAAGAAAGCAAAAAAGCGAAAGAUGAGGAAAAGAAAGAAAUUUUGAUACCAUUUUUGAAAAAUGAAACACCGAGCAGUACUGAUAUAACCCUCUCUCCCUCUGUGGAAUCUGAAUCUCAACCAGAAGAUGUUUUGAAUAAAGUGAAGUCGCAGAGGAAUCUUCGUAAGAAAGUAGGUUCUUAUGAUCACCUAUUAGAAGGAAGACAAGAAUCUUACUUCCCAUCAUCUGCUGAGGUCCAUCUCAAAGCUGUGAAAGGUAUUCAACCUAAACAGGUAGAAAGAGUUGAUGCGGCAACAAUGGCAACAGAAAUGAAGAAUGCUCAGACAUCAAUAGACUUUGACAGAUUGGUCAAGCCACCAGAAAACGAUGAAAGUAUCCUGAUUCUUGAUCAAGAUGGAAAAGCAAUUAAUGAUGCUAUAUCAGCAUACACUACUGCCAAGACUGGUCUAGACAACGCAGGUAAAGUACUUGCCCCAGAUAUUUUCUUCAACCUUCGAUUUGAAAGGACGUCUGAAAGUCAAGCAACAAGUCCAGACACAGGGGCUUCCCAAUCCGGAAGAAAUUUCAUAAGCGUUGUAGACCUAGAGGGCAGCAGACUGCUAGAUGACAUUCCCAUUAGGAAGCAACCAGCUCCGGAGAUUAUCCAACAUCCAAGAUCUCAAGAACCUUCCAUUGCAUCUGUACACUACAGUGCCCUGAGGAACAGAGAAAGGGAACCUAGCCUGACAUCUCCACGUGAAGUACCAGAAGUGGAUUCACCUACUGGACCUGACCCUCUCACUAAAGAACUUUUGGCUGCAAGAAAGAGAUUAAACAAGGAACAAUUUUUGAAGAUCAAAGCAAUAAGUGAUGAAGAAAGGGAAGGUUACAAGAAGAGGAUGAAUAUACAGCUGAUGGAGAUGGAUGAACAAUUGAAGGUGAUUGAUGAAAUGAGUAGACAAAUGGAAGAAGAUCUGCAGGGAACUAAUAAACUUAUGAAGAAUGUCGAAACCAUCACAGAUUUCUUAACACCACAGCAGCCUCAGAAGAAAGUGCAAAUUCUAGAUGCGUUCAGUGACGAUGAAAAGAAAGAAAAACAAGAUGACAAGCAAAGAAUUCAACUAUUACCUGAAAAUAGGCAAAAUGACAAACCGGAGAUGCAUUGGUUACCUGGAGAUGAAAAAGAAUCUGAUAUGCAAGGAAUCCUACCUCAAGAUAAAGAACCAACUGUUGAAGAGAUUCAUGAAGGACAGGAAAGGAAUGUUACAGGUACAGAUGAAGAGAAGAAAGAUGAUCUAGCUAUCAGCAAAAUGGACACCACAUUAGAUGACACUCUUGGAAUAUCAGGCAUAAGUGGUGUUAGUGAUAUAAUCGCUGAGGUCAUAGUAGAUGGUGACUUGAAUGCCACUGCUCUGGGAAUUUCCAAGGAACAGAGGAAAGCAGCAAGACAAAGAAUACAAAGGCAAAAAAUAAACAUUGAUAAAGAAGUGGAAGAUUUAGAUUUCACUAGUUUAGAUUCAAAGCAGAUCAGAGAGCUUCUAAAAACUCCUCGAGAAGAUGAUGAUGAGAAAGAACCAUGGCCAUCUACUGUACAGCCCUCAAAGAGAACUGAGCAACAGCAAAAAAAAUUGAAAGAAUGGACCAAAAAGAAGCGAGAAAAAGCUAUUGCAGAUUAUCGCAACAAGCUCGGUGAAUUAAGAGAAAUGGAGAAAACACCAUUCAAAGCUCAAAACACUGAAUCAUUAAAGGAAUUACAGAAGGCAGAAGUUGAAAGACAAAGCAAAAGGAAUACAAAAAAAGAAGAAGACUAUGAUGAGAGAGUAAAACAUGCUAAGAGUUUGAUGGAUCAAAUUCUUGUUGAACAGACUCAAUUGAAGACAGUAACUGAUAAACCACCAGAAGUUAGAGUUAAGAAAGUGCCACCUAAGCCAUUUGCUAAGCCUACUAGAGCAGCCUCUCAAUCUAAGCAACUGAGUAAAAGAACUGAAAGACUCAAAAAUGUCAGACCUGAGAUUUAUGAGGAUGAUAGACGAAACUCAAGAAUUGAUCCUGAAUAUUAUUUGAAACUUCGAGAGAGUUUUGAACGAGGUGUUCCUCUUCGAAGUUCAAGCACAAACGAGGGUAUUACAAAGAGGAAGUCAUCGUUACAGAUGAUAUUGGAGAAGAAAAGGCUAGAGGAGCUUGGGAAAUUGAGUGAUUUGAGUAGUUCUGGUGAUGACUUGGAUCUUAGUUUUGAAAAUGAUAAAGAAAGUCAAGUUCACACACCGUCUGCUGAUGAUGCUCCAGUAAUGUAUAAACCAAAGCCAUUUACUGCACUGGUCAAAGUUCAGAGGCCAGCAGUCACCAGAAAGGGUCAUGAUGUGCCAAGAACUGCCAAGACAUAUACAGAGAUGUUACAGGAUCUGAAAAAAGAAAAUAUUAAUCCAUCAAAUAAGAAUCAGAGUAUAAGAAGUCAACAACGAUUAUAUGGUACGAAAAGACUGCCAGGGUCUUCAAAGCUGAGAGGGCAGCAGUCACCAAGACAUUCUAAACCAUACACACAAAGGUUGCAAGAAAUGAAGAAAAUGUCAAAUAGACCCGCAGGCAUGCGAUCACGUACACCAAUCAAACCACCGGCCUCAGGUUUAACAGAAACAGUUACACUUGGAGAAACUAGAAGACAACAGGUUGAAAGGCGAGGUCUGAAGGCAGAAGGUAAACCAAGAGUAUCGACACCUUACACAGAAAGACUAUUACAGCUGUCAGGUACAUACACUGCAAGUGAAGCUGUAGUGAGCCCUCAACCUAAGUUGGGCUUACCUUACAGGCCUAAAGAGAAGUUAUGCUCUACAUAUGUCAACCGAUUGAAACAAGCAAGUGAAGGAGCUACUAAAAUUCCAUAUCAGGCAGUCUAUGAACCUGUUCCAAGAGGAACAUACCAGGCUUACAAAGCACCCCCUCUACGAACUCCAUCUCCACGACACCACCCAUACCGAGAAAGAAGGUCAUAUGACUUGGAGGACCAAUCAGUGAGUGAGGCUAGUCCUUGGAGUUUAUCAGACAGCGUAAAGAGAAUCCUUGGAGAAGAUGAUAGCAUGGCUGGGAUUUCAGCCAGUUUGUACCCAUCUGAUGAUGAACUAGGUGAUGUAAACCUGGAUGACCAGUACAGUGAGUACACUUUGUCUGUCAACAUCAAGGAACUAGAGGAAAUAGCUUCUGUGGGUAGUGGUAGUAUCCUCAGUUUUGAAUGGGAUGCCAUCGACAAAAUGGUUGCCGGUGUCAAGUGAUUCCAGCCAUGUCAACAUCAAAGAGCUAGAAGGUUUUUGUUAGUAGUGGUAGCAUUCUAAGUAACAUCGACUGGGAUGCCAUCGACAAAAUGUUGCGGAUAUCAUGUGAUUCCAGCCAUGUCUAUAUUAAAAGAGCUAUAGGGCUUCAGUGAGUAGUGGUGGCAUUCUAAGUAACAUUGACUGGGAUGCUUUCGGCAAAAUGUUUGCAGGUGUCAAUGAUUACUGCCAUGCCAACAGCAACAAGCUGGAAGAUAUAGCAUCUAUUCAUAGCAUCUUCAGCAACAUUGAUUGUGAUGCCAUCGAAAAAUUGGCUGCAGAUGUCAAGUGAUUUUGGCCGUGUCAACAUCAACAGCUAGAAGAGAUAGCUUCCUUGUGUAUCAUCUUCAGUAACAUAGACUGGGAUGCCAUUGACAAAUUUUUUACAGAUAUCAAAUGGUUUAAGCCAUGUCAAUAUAAAGGACCUGGAUAGAAAUAGCUUCUUGGAGUAGCAUCCUCAGUAACAUCAACUGGGAUGCCAUCGACAAUUUGGUUGAAGAUGUCAAGUGAUUCUAGUCAAGAUCAAGAAUUUGGAAGAGAUUCCAGCCACAUCAAAGAUAACCAUUGAUAUAUCUAUGCAAGUAAAGAUGAAAAUAUUCAAUAGGUACACAGUAAUAAUAAUAAUUAAUAUUGUUUUGAAUAGGGGGAGGUGAGUAACUAUAGAAGACAUAUGGUGUUGCGAGUGUUGGCGUGUUGCAAGUGUUUCCUUAUCCAUUGUGGGGUUAAGGGGGUUAUUCACACUGGAAGAUCUGGAGUUUUAGCCUCUUGGGUAUUACAAAUGGUUAGUGGAGUGGAGCUGAAUAGCUUGGUGGUUUAAGAUGCUUGCCUUCCAAUUUGAUGGUCCUUGGUUGAAAUCCUGCUCUGUUGAUCGAGUGAAGUUGAAUAGUUCGGUCGUUAAGAUGAUUGCCUUCCAAUUUGAUGGUCCUUGGUUGAAAUCCUGCUCUGUUGAUUGAGUAGAGUUCAAUAGUUUGGUGAUUAAGAUGCUUGCCUUCCAAUCUCAGAGUCAGGGGUGACCAUUGUCACCAAGUUUCUUUCUCACAACUAAAACAGCUGGAUGGUGUACAUUCAGGGGAGCAAUUGCCCCUUUCACCCCCUUAUGGAUCCGCCACUGGUUCAAAUUUCCAACCCCAAAAAAACAGUAAUGUGGCUACAAUAAUGUCCCUUGUUUGCCAGUCAUUUUGUGGCUGUUGGCUCAGAUUGGUAGACAGUUGGUUGGAGUGUGGAUGCAAACCAUUUGCACCAACUAUUGAUAAUUAAGGCUUCUUUUUAUACUUUAAUAUGGAACAAAUUAUUCCAAAGCAAAUGAAUUUAAUUAUGCAUAACACUGUAUGCAUAUAAUAUUAUGAUAAUUUAUGCAUAUUUGUUAAUCGGAUGUUUUCAUAUUCAUCAUUUAAUAGAAUUUACAUGUUUUAAUUAAAUAUUUCUAAUUUAUAAACAUUCCAAGUUACCAAUAUUGGAAAAAUGAUGGUUACCUUAUAAAGAUACUGUAAUAAUACCAAAGAUAAUAAAUAGAAGAAGAUAGAGCAGCUUCCCAAUAUAGUGGAACAUCCGUUCGAAAUGCAUUGUGGGUACACGGAGAACAAUUUCACCCCGUUUGCGCGGUUUCGCUAAAUAUUGAUAAUAAAGGCACCGCUCGGGUUCGUUUGUUUCCUGUAUUUUCUCCACAAGUCAAAUGGUCAAAUUUUACCCCACUCGCAAGAGGGCGGAUGUUCCAUCAAUUUUAAUACAAAUACGUGGAACAGCUCAUUCUUCUGCUAUUAAGUUCUUUGAUAAUACUAUAUAUACUGUAUAAUACUGGUCAUCAGAAAGUGGUGUAUAGGAUGAUUCCAAAAUAAUAUGUUUUAGAUUGUUAGGCUCUGCUUAUUAAUUCGUUGUGUAAUGUAUUUACUUUGAAAGUUUAACACUUUAAAAUGCUUUUUGAAGAUCAGUUGGUUGGUUAUUAUUUACCACAUUUUCUGUUGCCUUAUCUACUAUUUUUUACCUUUUAUGUCUAUUACCACUACAUCCUUUCAUCUUAAAUUUUGAAUGUCAUUAGUUAACUAUACUAACUUUCAAAGGAAAACGUAAAUAAUUAUAUGAUUCUUUCUACUUGAAUAUUAUUGUUAAAUAACUGAAACAAAUUUGUUUAGUAAUUUCACAUAAACAAUUGGUGCUAAUUAUAUAAUGCUUUAUUGUACAAAUGUAAUGCUUGAUUAAAUUUUUAUUUGUAAUUAUACUGCAAACAAAAGUUAUGUAUAUAAACAAAAUAUUUUGAAUUUGUAUAUUUGUAAUGUACAAUAUGUCAAUU